AGCGCCACCUGCAGCCAUGGCCAGCACGCUACGCCCCAGCACCGUGGCUGGGACCCCAGAGCCACCUGCACUGUCACAGCGCCUCCAAAACGCUGCAGACAUCUCUGUCAUUGUCAUCUAUUUUGUGGCGGUGAUGGCUGUCGGGCUGUGGGCGAUGCUGAAGAGCAACCGGAGCUCGGUGGGAGGCUUCUUCCUGGCUGGCAGAGAUGUGACUUGGUGGCCGAUGGGCGCCUCUCUCUUCGCCAGUAACAUCGGCAGUGGCCACUUCGUGGGGCUGGCUGGGACAGGAGCAUCUUCGGGAAUCGCCACUGUGACAUUUGAAUGGCAUUCUUCAGUGCUGCUGGUGGUUCUCGGGUGGGUCUUUGUCCCCAUCUACAUCAGGGCAGGGGUGAUGACCAUGCCGGAAUAUCUCAAGAAGAGGUUUGGUGGGAAGCGACUCCAAAUCUACCUUUCCAGCCUCUCCCUCUUCAUCUGUGUGGCUUUGAGAAUCUCAGCAGACAUAUUUUCUGGAGCCAUAUUCAUCCAGGUGGCCUUGGGAUUGGACCUUUACCUGGCAAUUUUCAUCCUCUUGGCUGUUACUGCUCUUUAUUCCAUCACCGGGGGCUUGGCCUCAGUGAUUUACACAGACACCCUCCAGACCAUCAUCAUGCUGAUUGGGUCUUUUAUUCUCAUGGGUUUUGCCUUUGCCGAAGUUGGAGGCUACGAGAGUUUUACAGAGAAGUACAUGAACGCCAUCCCGUCCGUAGUCGAAGGGGACAACCUAACCAUCGACGCCACGUGCUACACUCCUCAGGGGGACUCCUUCCACCUUUUCCGAGAUCCUGUCUCUGGGGACAUUCCAUGGCCAGGAAUGAUAUUGGGAAUAUUCAUUACGUCUCUGUGGUACUGGUGCACAGAUCAGGUCAUUGUGCAGCGCUGCCUCUGCGGCAGGGACAUGUCUCACGUGAAGGCUGCCUGCAUCGUGUGCGCUUACCUGAAGCUGCUGCCCAUGUUCCUCAUGAUAAUGCCGGGAAUGAUCAGCCGCAUCCUGUACACAGAUAUGGUGGCCUGUAUCGUGCCUUCUGAGUGCGUGAAGCAGUGCGGCAUUGAAGUCGGCUGCAGUAACUAUGCCUACCCAACGCUGGUGCUGGAACUGAUGCCUGCAGGGCUGCGAGGCCUGAUGCUGUCGGUCAUGCUGGCCUCCCUCAUGAGCUCCCUGACCUCCAUCUUCAACAGCGCCAGCACCCUCUUCACCAUAGACAUCUACACCAAGGUGCGGAAGGGAGCAUCGGAGAAAGAGCUUCUGAUAGCAGGACGGAUAUUUUUUCUCAUAAUGACUGCUGUCAGCAUCCUGUGGGUUCCACUCGUACAGGUAUUUCGAAAUGGACAACUGAUCCAUUACACAGAAUCAAUUUCUAGCUACCUCGGGCCUCCAAUUGCUGCCGUCUUCCUGCUGGCCAUCUUCUGUAAAAGAGUCAACGAGCAGGGAGCAUUCUGGGGUCUCAUCGUUGGACUUGUGAUGGGCCUUAUUCGUAUGAUUGCAGAGUUUGCCUACGGAACAGGGAGUUGCUUGGCUGCCAGUGACUGUCCCAUGAUUUUCUGUGGUGUGCACUACCUGUACUUUGCCAUCAUUCUCUUCUUUGGGACCAUACUGGCCGUCCUGGGAAUUUCCCUCUUAACAAAACCCAUUCCUGACAUACACCUGUAUCGCCUGUGCUGGGCUCUUCGGGACAGUACAGAAGAGCGAAUCGAUUUAGACGCAGACGAGAAACAGCAGGAAGAAAUCGAUGAUGGUGUUGAAGAAGAUUAUCCUGAGAAAUCUCGUGGAUGUCUCAGGAAGGCUUGGGACUUGUUCUGCGGUUUGCAGAAGACAGGACCCAACCUGACCAAGGAGGAAGAGGAAGCCCUGAGGGACAAGCUGACUGACACGUCGGAGAGGCCCCUGUGGAAGACGAUAGUGGAUAUCAACGCCAUCCUCCUCCUGGCCAUAGUGGUCUUUGUUUAUGCCUAUUUUGCCUGAACUCCGUCUGAACCACUAGAAUAAUUGGUAAUUGUUAAUAAUUAACCGAGGAAUAAUAUCAUUGAUUUUCAUUUUACGGUUUGUUGUGCUGCCAAAGGGGAAUGAACAGUUGGUGAU